AAACAAGUGGAUAUAGAGAAGAAGAAACACGUUAUAGAACCCAUGAAAUCUUCUGUUGUGCUGUCCAAAUCUCAACACGUGUCCCUCUGUCUCUCUCGUCUUUAGAGAAGUUUUUUUACUCUUCCGAUGGCAUCUUUGGUUAUCCUCGCUUUGAUCGCCUAAUCAGCAGUGUGAUCGGAUGGAAGAAGUCACAAGAGUGGAUGGGAAGAUGGGUUGGCUUUGGAGGAAAGGAGUUAGUGUGGGAAAGAAGGUUCUUGCAGCAUGUUUUCUAGUGUUUUCUGCACCGUUCCUCGUUCCCGCACUCGUUGUUGCCUCCACAAUCGCGUUGAUUUCGUCCCUUCCUUAUUGUUUUUUCUUGGUGAGCUAUGUUUGUACUGAAAAGUUGAUGAGAAAACUGCUUCCUGCUAAUGCGUUUAGUGGAAGAUGUGAUCAUGAAAUGGUGCUACACCAGAACAAGAUCAGUCACGGUGAUAUUUAUGAUGAAGCCGUUGCGCGAGUGGCUAUAAGUGAGCCUGUUCUUGUUCAGAUUGAAGAAGAGACAACGAUCGCAAUAGCUUAUCGGGAAGAUGAGGAUAUGACGAAAGAGUUAAAGAGCUGGUUAGAGAGUAUAAGAGACGAGGGUAAAAAUAAUCAAUCACUUUAUAGAGGAGUCAUAUUGGAAAAAGGAUUUGAAGAGGAGGAUAAAGAUCAGUCUAUAGUUCCUAGAGAUGCCAAGUCAGAGAAUGUUAGAGCAAAACUUGAAGAUCUAUUAGGGAAGAAGCAAGAAUCUGUGACUAUACAUGAAGGAGAACUUGAGUCCACUACAAGUAAAACGUCUAGAGAGAAGGAUAUGGAAAUAUCUUCAACUACGGUGUUGUAUAGCGAGGAGCAGAUAUGGACAAAGAUUGAGGCAUUAAGGAAGGUAGUUGGAUAUAACGUUACGAGGAGCACGACUUAUUCAGAAGAAUUGAAGGCGCUUUACAUGUUCACGGGUGUGGAAUUGCCGACAUCAACGUUGGAGAAUCAAGAUAUUGCAAAAGUCAGUGAGGGGCUUUCCUUUCUAAUGUCUGUUAUUGGAAUAAAAUAGGAUGUCUGAUAGUAUUGUUGUAUAGCUUUAAACUCUCUUCUUUUGAACUGCACAAUGAUGAAUGAUCGUUUCUUUUGUGUGUAUGCAACCUUUUUCUGUUUUUUUUGGUUGAAUGAGUUGAGCCAUCAGUUAAAGCUGAACUACAUGUUCUCGAAUAAAUUUAUGAAAAAUAUGUCUAUUCGUAA